AUGAAGCUAACUCUUAUCUGUUUACUGGUGAGCUUCAUGCUGCUGCAAUAUGUGGAGAACAGUGAAGCCUGCUUGGAGGUAAUUGAGCAUGCCCUGGGGCUUGAGCCCUGCAAAGAGGGUGCCCGAAAGGAACAUCAUAAGGUAACUCAUAAGGAACCUCAUAGAAGUGGACCAGGACUAGUAAGAACCACUAGGAAACGUGUCACACUAAGGCCCAGGCAUCGUGUAACAAGACGUAGUAAGCGGCACACCAGGAAACACCAUAGGACCACCAGGAGCAUUCCAGUUCCUCCAAAGGAACAUACUACUCACAGAACGUGUACUGAGCCGACCAAUCCACCUUGCAAUGAUAAGACUACCCACAAAUCGUGUACUGAACCGACCAAACUACCUUGCACUGAAAAAACUACUCCUCCUUGCUCUGAGAUUACUACUGAACCGACCAGCCGACCUUGCACUGAGGAGACUACUAAUAAGAUUCCUUGCUCCGAGAGUACUACAGAAGUUUCUAAUCCACCUUGCACUGAAAAGACUGAACCUCCUUGCUCCGAGAUUACUACAGAACCGACUACUGAAGCCACCAAUCCACCUUGCGCAGAGAAGACUACUACUACACUAACGACCACCGAGGAACCCUGUGGAUGUAAAUCGAGUCACCCACCAGGAUGGAACCCCGGCGGUCCCAUACAGACAUCACCUCCAAGAAUAACAAAGGAACCCUGCGGAUGUAAGCCGAGUCACUCACCUGGAUGGAAUCCUGGCGGUCCCAUAAGGACGACCCCAUCAACCAAUACUCGAAAACCCUGUGGAUGUGGUUCAGGAAACCCACCAGGCAGGAACCCUGGCGGUCCUAAAAUUCCCAUUCCCAAUGUUCCCGGACAUUUUGGACCCGGUCCAGUCAUUCCCAACAGAGGAGGAAAGAGAUGUGGUUGUCCUAAUGAAUAUCCACCCAAAGAGGAGUUAGGCGAAGAUCUUCGUAUAAUCCAGGACAAAAUACAAUUACUGCUUGACGAAUGCAUCCUACAGAGCCAAAGCUGUUGA